AUGAGGACAGCAGAUGCUACGCAACACCGCUUUGAACCUGGUGGCUCUGGUGAUAAUACCGACGCACCACAUCGUCGUCCUCGCACUGCCCGUCCACAGCGAAGAGAUUACAGGGGUGAGGGCCGCCGAGCGCCCGGAGCAAUAGUCGCACCACGUGACGCGGAGAAGAGGGGGGGCAACCGCGUCUUAUCUGCCCGGGGCGCCGCCGAGGCCAAGGCAGGGGCAGGGGCAGAGGCAACUUCCGCGGGCGAUCGCCAUGGCGCAGCGAAGCGUGCGCACGCGCUGGUGCUGCCGGCGCUGCUGGUGGUGGCGGGGGCGGCGCUGGGGCGGCGGCGCCGCGGCGGUGGCGGCGGCCGUGGGGCGGCCGCGGCGCCGCCAGCCGCGGCCGCGGCCUUCCGCCGCCUCCUGCUCCCUGCAGGAGUGGUCCCCCCGAUGCGAGUGCGUGCGCCGCCAGACCAACGUCACGUGGGGACAGCCGAUGAGAAAUUCUUCCCCGUCAGCAGGAAUAGUGAUAAAGUAUAUGAAAAUCGAUGCUACCGCCGAACGGCAUACGGAGUGACAGGCAUAGCCGAUUAG